UCAGGCUCACCCGAGCCCAGACUUCUCGUUGAGAAGGGGUGUCAAUUGCAUUCAGGGAAUCGGUACUUUGAACCUCUUACAAAAUUAAAUAAAAGUAAUAAAGACAACCUGGUUUCAUGCACCACCGUUUAUUUAACAUUUCUACAACACCUCUCUCCACCCCAUAUAGAAAUGAAUCACACACCCUUUUACGUAUGCAUCUUCCUCAUUCAUUGCCCAUAUCGGUGUCAAAUUACAUUCACCGUGACACUUUCACUUUCUCUAUGUAUUUAGAUUCUUUGUUAGAAAAGAGAGGACGUUAAAUGACAGCAAGAAGGAUAUCGGGAACACUGAAAUACAGGGAAUAUCAGGAUACCGUGACUCCAACAUGAUGCUGCUGAUUCCAUGUUACAAACAGAAGUUUUACAGAAGUUACAGCUAAAAGUGAAAACGUGGUGGAGAGAGAAUCUAGAACACAACUGCCCACUUUGUAAGAAGAUAAACCUGUCAAAUGAUCCACCCAGUAACUUGGUGUUAAAGAAUCUGUGUGAAGCUUUCUUACUGCAGAGGGAUCAAAAAGCUUCUGCAGUGUCUGAGCCUCUCUGCAGUCUGCACAAUGAGAAACUCAAACUUUUCUGUUUGGAUCAUCAGCAGCCGGUGUGUGUCGUCUGUCGAGAUUCAAGAGCACAUAAAGACCACAGAUUCAACCCAAUUGAAGAAGCCGCCCAGGAUCACAGAAAGGAGCUUCAGAAAUGCCUGAAGCCCUUACAAGAUAAACUGAAAGUGUUUGAACAAGUCAAAGGAAACUUUGAUCAAACAGCAGAACAUAUAAAGGUCCAGGCACAGCAGACGGAGAAGCAGAUAAAGGAGGAGUUUAAAAAGCUUCGUCAAUUUCUACAAAAGGAAGAAAACACCAGGAUCACUGCUCUGAGGACAGAAGAGAAACAGAAGAGUCAGAUGAUGAAGGAGAAGACUGAGGAUCUGAACAGAAAAAUGGAAACUCUUUCAGAAACAAUCAGAGCCACAGAGGAGCAACUGAGAGCUGAAGAUGUCGUGUUUCUCCAGAGCUACAAGGCUGCAGUGAUCAGAGUCAAGCAGCGCCCCCUGUUGGAUGCUCCACAGCUGGUCUCAGGAGCCCUGAUGGAUGUGGCCAAACACUUGGGCAACCUGACCUACAACAUCUGGAAUAAGAUGAAGGAGAUGGUCUCCUACACUCCUGUGAUUCUGGAUCCAAACACAGCUGAAUCACACCUAAUCCUGUCUGAAGAUCUGACCAGUGUGACAUUUGGAGAGAGACAGAAGGUUCCUGAUAAUCCAGAGAGGUUUGACUAUUAUAAAGUUGUUGUGGGCUCUGAGAGCUUAGACUCAGGGAUUCACAUUUGGGAUGUUGAGGUUGGAGAAAAGGGAACUUGGGGCUUUGGUGUGGUGAAUGAGUCUUUUAAGAGAAAGGUACAAGCACUGUCAGGAUACUGGCAAUUAUCUCUCCAGGAUGAAAAAUACAUAGUAUCAACGACACCAGAUACAUGUAAAUUUUUGUCAGUGAAGAAGCUGCAGCGGGUCAGAGUUCAGCUGGAGUAUGACAGAGGGAAGAUCUCAUUCUUUGAUCUGGAUGCCAACACACUCAUACACACCUUCAAACACAAUUUCACUGAGAAGCUGUUUCCUUAUGUUGGUACUGAGAAAGACCCAGUGAAGAUAUUACCAGUGAUCUUGAAAGUGGACGAGCAUAUAACUCCUCUAUCAACAGGUUUUUGGUCUCAUUUUGAAACCAGUAAAAAGUCUUAGCAUAAAUAGUUCCAAGAUACUAAGAAAGAGCAAAUGCUUUCACAGAUUUUUCACUUAUUCAUUGUUUAUCCUAUUAUAAGAUCUGAUUUCUGAAUGAUUCUUUCUUCUUUUUCUAGCUACUAGGAAAUAAAUCUGGUGUUUGAGAAAAACUAUCAUGGUUUUUUGUCCUAAAGUUAAAAUGUGACCUGUUGUACAAGAUAUAAAUGAUUAAUCAAUUCUGAGCUGCAGUUUUGUAUUUGAAGUUCUUGUUUCUUUUACAACAUAAAGAUACCAUUACAGAAAUAUUCAGCUACAGCAUUUACUGCUAAGAUUUGAAUUUUAACAAUAUAAUAUAAAAUACGCUCAACAAACACAGAUACAUAACUUUAUCUGGGAAUAAGAAAACAAAACAACCCAGACAUGAACAUAAGCAUGAGGAGUGUCUACAGAACAGCAGGGGGCGCUCUUCAACCAUUAGAUGUAGCUGACUAUAAUAAUUUAGGUGGUUCUCAAACUCUAUACCUUUACUGUAAAGAAUCAAUCCAUAAAUUGAAUAAAUAAAUUAAAUAUAUAAUGGUAUAUGCCUAACAAGGACUGGGUUUAAAGCCUCCACAACUAUUUUAAAAAAGUGAUUUUGCCAAACUGGAAAAUUGAAAACAAUAAAAUGUCAGUCUCCAAAAGUUGAUUCUGUUCAUCUGGACGUAGCGUUUUGUGGGAGAA